AUGGCAGUGCAGCUGAGACCAGUUGCUUGCACAAUGUGUGCUAAGUGGGAACUCCUGGAUGCUUUGUGUGCCCCGGUCAAACACGUGCCUCGGCUGCUCGAGCUUGACCUCAAGGUUUCUGAGCUUGAGGAGAGGCUGGUGUUGCUACACAGCAUAUCGGAGGCUGAAGAGUUUGAAGACAUCAUGAAACGGGUGCAAAACAUUCUACAUGGGGAAGAGGAACAUCCAGAUUUCAUGGUCCAUAGCGUGUGCGAGCCGCUGCUCCGGGGCGAGGGCGGGGGCGCGUUCCGGUGGGACAGAGCCGGUCCCGGGGCUCCGGCGCGCCCGGUGCUCCCCGCAGCCGACUACUGCCGGAGGUUGGCGUCCGACUCGUUCUCCUCGCGGUUCCCCGCCGACCGGGAGGAGACCGACUUCCCUCUGGCGUUCGUCGUGACCGCGCACAAGGACUUCGAGACCCUCGAGUGGCUCUUCAGAGCCAUCUACAGACCCCACAACCUCUACUGCUUCCACGUGGACCCCAAGUCGCCCGCGGUCUUCAAGGAGCGGGUCGACACCCUUGAGCGCUGUUACCCCAACGUCUUCCUGGUGUCCAAGAGCGAGCCGGUCAUCUACGCCGGCUUCUCGCGGCUUCAGGCGGACAUCAACUGCAUGAGGGACCUCCUGGCGGCGGACGAUCGCUGGAGAUACGUCAUCAACCUCUGCGGCCAGGAUUACCCUCUCAAGACCAACCUGGAGAUUGUGCGCCACUUGAAGGCUUUCAAAGGGAAGAAUCUCACUCCGGGAAUACUGCCUCCGGGUUUCGCCAAGCAGCGGACCGCGUUUGUCUUCAAAAGCGUUUUGUCCCGCAGCCAUUCCCGGGUCGUCAAGACUAACAAGCUCAAAGCCCGCCCCCCGCACGGGCUAACCAUAUAUUUUGGCAGCGCGUACUACGCUCUGACGCGAGGAUUCGUGAGCUUUCUGUUCGAAGACAGACGAGCCUUGGAUUUGUUGGAAUGGUCAAAAGAUACUUACAGCCCCGACGAACACUACUGGGUGACGUUAAACAGGAUACCGGGUGUACCUGGCUCAAUGCCCUCAGCAACCUGGGAUGGAAACCUUCGUGCUAUAAAAUGGCAAGGUCUGAAAGCGGGAGAGAAGUGCUAUGGUCACUAUGUGAGAGCUAUUUGUAUAUAUGGAACUGGAGAUUUGAAUUGGUUGGAUGCUGAAGAUUCCUUGUUUGCCAAUAAAUUUGAGCUGCAUAGAUACCCUCCAACCUUAGAAUGUCUGGAGUACCGGAUUCAUAAACAAGCUUUGAAUUUGAGCACUCACAGUGACACCAAUUGAAGAUGACCAGUGAUUUACUGAGGAUAAUAAUAAUAAUCCUUACAUUUGAUAUAGUGCUUUUCAC